AUGGGCAACUCGGGGAGUAUGAGCGGGCUGUCCGGUUACGAGGAGGGUUACCACCAUCACCCGGGGUACCAUCAUCACCACCAGCGUUACCAUGAUGCGAUGCGUGGUGAGGCUGCUGGUUUGUCUGCGUCGUGGAUGGAUUCGUACCAGCGCGAUCACCACACGCGGCGCGGUGGACCGCGGGAUCAUGAGCAACCGCAGGUUAAGGUGCUGCCGGACAUCCCCGGGAAGGUGGCGAAACUCCGCUCGACGAACAAUGGUAACAUCCUGCACGCGGGCGGUACCAUCAGCAAGAACAAUCAGGCGUUGCAGCGGUCGAAAAGCAUCUCUUCGCCGACGUAUCAACAGCACCAGCAGCAGCAACCGGGGAGCUUUAGCGAGUGUGACGAAGAGCUCGAGCUGAGCUCGUUACAGCCUCCGAGGAUGCUGAUGCAGCGCUCCAGGACACAGCUUAACCUCAUGGGUGGUGGAAGAAUGCGAAAUGGGCAUGCGUACGGGCACGAGGACGAUGGUCGUGACGGUCGUGGAGCACCGGAAAGAGGUGGAAGAGCACAACCGCCACGGUACGGGGAACCAACCGGUCCCGGAGCAUCCGCCGAAACGCUCAACAACCGAAAGCGGUUCGGUUCCGAGCCGGAUUUGCGGCUAUCGUUGCUGCCACGUGCGACGGGACCACAGCAGGAACCGCAGAUGGGGGGUGGUUCGCGGCACCCCAAGACGGCGCAGUCGAAAAUCAUGAAGGGCAAGAACAAGAAGAAGGCCCCUGUGCCACCGGUCAUGGAGAAGCGUGACGCCAGCAAAGACAGCGACCGGCAGCGCAUAAUCGCGUACUCACCCUUACGCAAACCUGCCCCGGACACGCACACAUCCACGUUGCCUUCCUCGAGCGAUGGCAGCUUCAACGUGGCGGCGACGCGCAAAUUGCGCUUGUUCAAAACGCGCGCAGAAACGAAGAAAACGCCCACCAUCGCCAAACUUCCGGAGGCCUCGGAUGCUAAGUUCCCGGGCAAACACGCGCAACCGGGCAGCGGUGCACCGGGUGGAGGUUUCAUGCGCCCCAACGGUCCACCUAUCCCAUCAAGCGGAUCGUCCUCGCUCGUACUGACGCACGCGCAUCGAAACGAUUGCGGUCCUACCGAGGACGAGAAGCUGGCGGGUGCGUUGGAGCAGCUUUCACCCCGCCCAAAUCCGACCUCGUUCUUCCGGCGGGAGAAAACCUUCGACGCGGGGCUGCUCGGGCUCGAGCGGCAGCGUGAAGCCGAAUCACGGCCGGCCACAAAACCGACCAUGUCACCGCCACUAUCGCGCCGUAAAUCGAUCGUGAAAACCCUGCUGGAACAGGACCCGGGCACGUCGGUUACGGCCGUACCGGUUCGGGUGGAGGUUAAACCUCGCCAGCAAGUUGGCACCGCGGCUGAAAGCUACCAGCGCAAGAUGGCGCUCGCUGAAGCGCAACGUAAGCAGUCCGCGUCCGGUGCGGCGGCCAUUACCGACUUCCAGAAGGAGCUGCAGUUGGCGACGAGGCGAAAAACGAGCAGCCCACUUAUCGAGGGUGGUCCAUCGCCUGCUGCCGGGCGAUCAGGCCAGUCCAGGUCACAAAAGGUCACCGAAUCGGCGAGCUCGAGGUUUUCGCUGCUCGGAGCGCCCUCUAGUGGUGGGAUCAAACCGAAACCGGCCUCUAACGCGCUGGUGAUCACAGUCGAGCCAGCAAAGGAACUGGAACACCGGGAUGGGGCGAAACAGGACGCGAAGGUGGACGCGCGUGAUUCACCUCCACCUGCGACGCCUCCACCACCACCGCCACCGCCAAAAACGAGCUUCUACUUUGGCAUGCGGGAUGAUGUGGGUCAAGGAUCGCGAAGGUUCACCGGAACCGCGAGAACCGCCAUCGGGCCUCCCUUCGUCGGUGAGCCACGCAUCGCGGACAGCGAGAGUGAGGGGAAUGGAGGUGUGAAUCGGCGGGAAACGCGCCCACAAGAACCCAUCGAUGGUCAGUCGGUGGAGGAGAUUGGCCACACGCAGAUGGAGCUGAUUGAUCAGUUUGCGGCCAGUUUGCUGAAUAGCAGCCGGUUCCGGUCGUCCGAUUCCGUCGCGUCGUCAGAAGCGGAUGUGCGGAUGACGUGCACGGGUAGUCCGUGGGAAGAGGGUGAUGGUGUUAACCACCAGGAGAUUGCGCUUAAGUUACGCCCGACGCUUCCUCGCAAGCAGUUUGACAUACCACGGUUCAGUCCAGCAGCUGCUUGGCGGUUGCUUACGACGGAGGACGAAUUUUGCCGUGAUGCACCGUUGGUGGAACCGCUCGGCGGGUCCGGUGGGAGUCCGGAGAAGAAACCAUUCAUGCGCGGGCUCGAGCAGGAGCUGGAAGUGCCGGAAGAUCGCAUUCAGCAGGUGUAUCGUGAGCCGGUACCGGGGCUACAGGACAACAAGAGCGGUGAUAGUGGCAUCUCGGGUGAUGCCGGCAUUUUGGCCGACAUUGGGCAGGAUGCGCUGCUGACGACACCGGGCAAGGACGAUCGGGUGGAUGACGCAAGUCCGGAGAGUGGCACACAGCUGCACAAGGGUGGCGGUGGCGGUGGUGGAGCGACCAACGGGGGUGGAUGGUCAUCCAGUGCACUUUUGCUGAUGCCGUGGACACCUCAGCAGGAUCUGGAUGACGACGAAGACGACGAUGAGGAUGAGGAUGAUGAGCCGGAGGAAGAUGAGACCACAACGGGUAGUGGCAGUGAGCCACAACGCCGGCAAUUGAUUGAGGAUGGUGCUGGCCGGGGGCUUGGAGACACUCGGCAGGAUUUCGCUUCCAAAGGACAUCUGUUCAGUUUGUCCUUGCCACGCGAGAAUCACCUUUCGAUAUAUAACGUCGAAGCGGCAGAUGAAAAGGUGGAAAAGCACGUGUUCAACAGCUUGCAAAAGUUCCGCAAAUCCGUCUCGGGUGCGUUCAAAAGCGAGGAUAACUGCGACCGGCCAAUGGAUAACAGCGACAGCAAUUGGUUUCUCGGUCGAUUGGACGGCAAGCUAGGCAGUUUGGGUGGCGGUUCUAGCCCCGGAAGUGGGCCAGAUAAGCGCUUGAAGUUACUUCCCGACGGACGGGAACGUGACGGUGCGGAUGUGGUUGUCUCGAUUGGCACCACGCAAAGCAAGCACAGCUCGAUAGGGUACCUUGUGAGCGGUAAGCACAUGAUGUACCUGCCGAAAGAACCGACCAAGCUGCACCAACCGAGUGAGAAGGGUGCGAAACAGGACGAGAACAACAACAGCCGCCGGAGCGCCAAUCAACAGGGUGAAAAGCAGACGAUCGCUCCAGUACCACCUGUGGCCACCGUCCCGAAAGAUCCCGCAACGGGCCGAAGCCCGGGUGACAAAGAAAACAUGCAAGAUCCGGUUCCACUGGUGGCCGAACUCGAAAGCUUCCCGGUGAAGCUGUCGAACAGGCGUAACCAUCGGUUCACCUUCCAGAGCACAAUCAGACAGAUUGAGAAGCGCCGUGUCGCGGAAAAGCUGUCCCGCGAGGCGGAAAUUAAGGAAGCGAUGCGAUUGAGCGAGCUGGAGGCGAUGCGGCGCGUUGAGGAGGAGUUCCAGAAGAAGCGGGCACGUGAGAAAGCCUCCAUCCGGCACCAGUUGCGGUUGUUCUCGAUGGAAGCACAUCCGGAUCAUCACCUCCAGCCGGACGGUGACGGCGAGCAGGACUCGACGGGUGAAACGAAGCGAUCCGAUCCGGAUGGGGACAGUCUCCCGCAUCAGGGGGGGACGAGUCGGGCAGGAUUGUACCGACGGAAGGAGUUCACAAGCAUGGAGCGGCAGUACAAGCGAUCAAACCGAGCGGAACCGGAAGAACACCCCGAUCAAGAGGAGGACGACCAUGACGACGAGCAGGAGCAGAAACGAGUGGCGACAAAUGGGACGGGAGCGAGGAGACACUUUAACGGAAAUGGCGAGGAACACGCGGCCGAUAAUGACGAGGAUGAGGACGGGCGGAGCAGCAGUCUCGGUUACGUGGACACCCGCACCCCGUACAUUUCCCGCAUCAUUCAAGCGAAGAGUAGCAAAUCGUACGGCGGCCGGAAGUAG